GUUUAGAAUAACUCAAACCCCUGCUCAAUCAAAUCAAGUGACCUGGACCCUCGAUAGUUUAGUUGCAGAUAUUAAUUUGAACUUGAUAUAUAUUGAAGCUAUUUUUUUUUUAUUUUUUCUAGGAAUUAUCUCGCUUUAUCAAAGCAUAAUCACGUGAAUCCCCGUUGCCAAACGGUGAUUUGGGUAAGGGAGAUCAUGGACAAAGAAAAUACAAAUGGGCCUUUACAUUUUGAUCUGAAUACUGGUGCAAAGAUUCCAUCGGUUGGUCUUGGAACAUGGAAAGCUCCUCCAGGUGUUGUGGGUGAUGCUGUUAUUGCUGCAGUCAAGGCUGGUUACAGGCAUAUAGAUUGUGCUAGGAUAUAUGAUAAUGAAAAAGAGGUAGGGGAGGCUCUGAAAACACUAUUUUCUACUGGGGUAGUACAGCGUAGUGAGAUGUUCAUCACAUCAAAGCUAUGGAUCAGUGACUGUGCACCUGAAGAUGUCUCAAAGGCACUGACUAGGACUCUUGAGGACCUAAAGCUUGACUACAUUGAUUUAUAUCUUAUGCAUUGGCCAUUUAGGACGAAGCCGGGUUCAAGAGGUUGGGACCCUGAGAUUAUGGCUCCUUUGUGUCUUCCUGAGACAUGGAAUGCAAUGGAAGGUUUGUUUGCCUCAGGUCAGGCACGCGCAAUUGGGGUGAGCAACUUUUCAACUAAGAAGCUGCAAGACUUGCUUGGAUAUGCUAAGAUUCCACCAGCAGUUAACCAAGUUGAAUGUCACCCAGUGUGGCAGCAACCUGCGCUUCACAAUUUGUGCAAGUCUACCGGUGUUCAUCUCACAGCAUAUUGUCCUUUAGGCUCUCCUGGAUCAUGGGUAAAGGGGGAAAUCUUGAAGGAACCACUGUUGAUUGAAAUAGCUGAAAAGCUUCACAAGUCUCCAGCACAAGUGGCAUUGCGCUGGGGACUCCAAAGUGGUCACAGUGUUCUUCCAAAAAGUGUAAAUGAAUCUAGGAUCAAGGAGAACCUUAGUUUAUUUGAUUGGUGCCUUCCUCCUGAGCUCUUCUCAAAAUUAUCACAGAUACACCAGCAAAGGUUACUUCGAAAUGAAUCCGCUGUCCAUGAAACUUGUAGUCCUUACAAAAGUCUUGAAGAAUUGUGGGAUGGAGAAAUAUGAAAUGCAGAUUACUUUUGAUAAAGCUCAGGAUGUAAUUUGACAUUGAAUUCUUGUUACUGAUAUAAAAUUACAAAUUGUAGGAAUGUUUAAAAUUUGUAUUGUCCGAAGACAAUCACCCCUCUACGGUUUUAUGUGAAUCCUCACAUAUGAACAAAAGAAAAUUUGAACGAUUCUUUAAUUGUUUA